AUGGGAAGACCGGCGGCUUCUGCGGCAUCCCAGCUGCAGCGCUCGUCACAUCAAAUAUUCAUGAUCCAAAUGGAUGCAGAGAGCUCCCCCAGCCCGCAGUCCGCCUGGCCGCCUUGCCGGCAGGUUGCGCUCCUGACAGCCAGCAUCCGAUCUGAGGGCACACGGAGCCGUGCCGAGCAGCUUUCCGGGCUGCGGCUCGCAUCCCAUCGGCAAAGGCAUCAGCAGAGGUCUCUUGCCCUGCUUGGUACGCUGGGGAGCCUGCUGGGGCUGCAGUUUGAGCCUCUGCAGUUGUCACUGCUGGCUGACUACUAUGGAAAUUACCAUGGUCCUGUUAGUGCUGGGGAUGCUGGGGUACAUGGGACCAUGGGGAUGAGCUGCCUGGGAGGAAAAGGAAAUAAAGCAGAGCUGGCAGAAGCGCCUUUAGCUGGUCCUAUUCCAUAUGUGUUACGUUUGCUUUGUUUUCAUUUAGGAAUCUACAAAGGACAUUGCUUCCGAAUCAACCACUUUCCUGAAGACAACGACUAUGACCAUGACAGCUCAGAAUACCUUCUCCGCAUUGUCCGUGCCUCCAGCGUGUUCCCCAUCCUAAGCACAAUAUUGCUGCUGCUCGGAGGACUGUGUGUUGGAGCAGGAAGGAUUUACAACAGCAAAAACAACAUAAUUCUCAGCGCUGGGAUUCUCUUUGUUGCAGCAGGACUAAGUAAUAUCAUAGGGAUCAUUGUCUACAUAUCAAGCAAUGCAGGUGACCCAAGUGACAAGCGAGAUGAGGACAAAAAGAACCAUUACAACUAUGGUUGGUCUUUUUAUUUUGGAGCCUUGUCUUUCAUUGUGGCUGAAACCAUAGGUGUUCUGGCUGUGAACAUUUAUAUUGAGAAGAACAAAGAGCUGAGGUUUAAGACCAAGAGGGAAUUCCUUAAGACUUCUUCCAGUUCUCCUUAUGCCAGGAUGCCAAGUUAUAGGUACAGAAGGCGGAGGUCCAGAUCCAGUUCUCGAUCUACAGAGCCUUCUCCAUCUAGAGACAUUUCUCCAGUUGGCAUGAAGAUAGCGAGCACCAUUCCCAUGAACGAAAUUUCUCUUUCCAGAGAGCCUUUGAAGGUUACAACGGCCGCCAGCUACAACGCAGACCAAGAAGCCAGUUUUCUGCAGGUUCACAACUUCCUUCAGAAGGAAUUUAAGGAAGGACUCCACGUCAACAUGGUCAACAGGAGAACAACACCUGUUUGA